UGUGUCAUCCACGCAUGCGCAGUUCAGGUCUCGACAGAAGGCACACGAAAUGGCGUCUGCUGCAGAUUACAACAGUUACGGACAGGCUGGAGGCCAACAGGGGUACAGCUCCUAUGCGGCCCAGCCCUCACAACAGGGUUAUGCUCAGGGCACUCAGCAAUCCUAUGGUCAACAGCAAGGCUACGGUUCAUACAGCCAACCGGCUGACUCGACAUACUCUCAGACCAGUGGCUCCUCCAGCAGUUACAGUCAGCAGCCGUAUGGAUCAUCCUACGGACAGCAACCACCAGCCAGCGCUGGUUAUAAUGCUGCUACAGCUGCUCCGCAGGGCUACAGUCAGCCUGUGCAAGGUUAUGGUAGCAGCAGCUACGAUUCCUCCACUGCUGCUGCCGCCGCCGCUGCUUCAACCACCAGCAGUAACCAGACCUCUUAUGCUGGGCAGACCAGCUACGGUGCCCAGUCUACAUAUCCGGGAUAUGGGCAACAGCCUGCUUCUACUGCACCACCAAGCAGUUACAGUUCUGGCACCCAGCAGCCCUCUGGAUAUGAGCAGAGCUCAUAUUCCCAGCAGCCUCAGCAAAGUUCCUAUUCGCAGCAGCAGGGAGGAUACCAGGGCCAACAAGGAGGCUACGGACAGCAGAGCUCCUACAGCCAGCAGGGAGGAUAUCAACAAACUCCUUCCCAGCAGCAACAAGCUCCGCCUUCCAGCUACACAGCAGCGUCUGGGUCCUACGGACAGCCCCCUGCUAGUCAGUACGGACAGCAGGGCAGUACAGGAGGAAGCUAUGGCCAAUCAGACUACAAACCACCCAACCAAUAUGGUAAUUACAGACAAGACCAUCAGAACGGCAUGGGAGGAGGUGGCUACUCGGGCCCUGAAUCCGGAGGAUAUGGGGGCCCUGGAGAGGGCCGAGGCAUGGGAGGGGGGGAGAGCCGCGGGCGUGGCCGGGGUGGGUUUGACCGGGGCAUGAUGCGAGGAGGUGGUGGCAUGCGAGGGGGCCGUGGAGGCAUGGGCAUCGCUGGAGACAGAGGUGGCUUCAUUAAGCCUGGUGAUGGUGACAUGGGACGGCCAGAGGAGCAAGAUGACUCUGAAAACAGCACUAUCUAUAUCACUGGGCUGACUGAGAACGCUACAUUGGAUGAAGUUGCAGACUUUUUCAAGCACAGUGGAAUCAUUAGGAUAAACAAACGGACCGGCCUGCCUGCUGUCAACAUAUACACAGACAAAGACAGUGGGAAACCUAAAGGCGAUGCCACCUUAUCCUACGAGGAGCCUCCAUCUGCUAAAGCAGCUGUUGAGUGGUUUGAUGGAAAAGAUUUCCAGGGUAAGAAGCUGAAGGUGUCCAUGGCCCGACGUAAGCCCAUGAUGGGAAUGAUGCGUGGAGGCAUGCCAAUGAGAGGAGACCGAGGUGGCAUGAUGGGACGAGGAGGAAUGAUGGGUCGUGGAAUGGGCAGAGGUGGAGAUCGAGGAGGGUUCAUGCCACGUGGGGGUCCCAGAGGAAUGGGCCGUGGAGGGCCUACUGGAGGAAACAUGCAGCAGAGGGCAGGAGACUGGCAGUGUCCAAAUGCGGGAUGUGGAAACCAAAACUUUGCCUGGAGAAUGGAGUGUAACCAGUGCAAGGCACCCAAACCUGAAGGCUUUGGCCCUCCUCCCUUCCCUCCUCCAGGUGGUGACCGGGGGCGUGGUGGACCAGGUGGGAUGCGUGGUGGCCGUGGAAUGGACCGUGGAGGGCCAGGGGGACCUGGUGGCUUCCGUGGGGGUAGAGGUGUGGACCGUGGAGGCUUCAGAGGAGGGCGUGGUAUGGACCGAGGCGGUUUUGGAGGAAGAGGUCGUGGUGGGCCCCCUAUGGAUGACAUGGGAAGAAGGGGGCGAGGAAUGGGACCACCUGGCAAAAUGGAUAUGAAGGGAGACCAUCGCCAGGACCGGAGAGAGAGACCAUAUUGAGAAGGUCAUACCUCGCUGGUCAACAUCUUCAACCCUGUUUGUUUUUCAAAUGAUUUUAAAGUUGCAUUUCCAUAUUUAUAAGUGUUUAGUAUGGAAUUUAUUACUGCUUUGCUGUUAGUCCUCAGUGAAUGUUUUAUUUUUUUAAAACUUUUGUUUUGUGCUCGCUUUUCUGGUCAAUAACUGUCAUUGAAACCAGAUGCACAUGUAAAUGCAAGGUGUUCAGUGUGACAUUUGGAUGUCAGAAAUGUAUUUGUGGUACUUUGAAGUAUUUUUUUUUUUUUUUAUUCCUAAUUCCCCACAUUUUUUGCUCUCAUGUGUGGAAAUGUUUAAAACCAUUUAAUGCAUGGCUAAAAAACCUAGGCCAUGUAUUUGUUUUCUGCAUUGAUUGUCCUUAUUUCACCUGAACAGUGUGGUAUCUUCUAUGUAACUGAAUUAUGUAAAUAACUGAUGCUUUUCAGCCCCCUAAGUAAUUUCAAACAGUGUUUAAGAGUUCACCUCAAAAAAAAUAAAAUUCUGGAAAAAAAAAAAAAA